AUGUAUGAAGUGGCGACGCGAAAGAGGGAAGCAUGUGUUCAAGUAAUUAGGACUUGGGAUGAAUUUGAUGAAGCUCUCACCUUAGCUCCCUGGUGCGAUGAAAAGGAAGUGGAGAAAGAUGUCAAGGCACGAACUACUACUAUAGGUGAAACUGGAGCAGCUAGAACCCUGUGUUCUCCAUUUGAACAGCCAGAACUCCCUGAAGGCAAGAAAGAUAGAAACUUUCUCUUCAGAAACCUCUGUUGUUUUGAGUUCAUGUUGGUAGCACUUGAGAGACCCACAACAUGCAAAGAAGGUGACUUAUUUAGGGGGCAGGAGUUACUAAGUUCAUGA